AUGAAGUUCUCGUCCUUCGCCUCCGGCCUUUUGGCCCUCGGCGCCUCCUUCGCGAGCGCCGCCGAGAUGGUCAAGCGCGCUUCGCUCCAGCAGGUCACCAACUUCGGCUCCAACCCCUCGGGCGUCAAGAUGUACAUCUAUGUCCCCAACAAGCUCGCUACCAAGCCCGCCAUCAUCGUCGCCAUCCACUACUGCAGCGGCACUGCUUCGGCCUUCUACCAGGGCACUCAGUUUGCCCAGUUGGCUGACACACAUGGCUACAUUGUUAUCUACCCCGAGUCUCCCUACAGUGGCACUUGCUGGGAUGUCUCGUCGCCGGCCUCUCUCACCCACAACGGUGGAGGCAACAGCAACUCCAUUGCCAACAUGGUUACUUACACCAUCAAGCAGUACGGUGCCGACGCCAGCAAGGUCUUCGUCACCGGUACCAGCUCCGGCGCCAUGAUGACCAACGUCAUGGCCGCCACCUACCCGGAGAUGUUCGCCGCCGCCUCCGUCUACGCCGGCGUUCCUGCCGGGUGUUUUUACACGGGCACCGUCAACGGCUGGAACUCGACCUGCUCGGGGGGCAAGUCCAUCCAUACCCAGCAGGAGUGGGCCAACACCGUCUUCAACAUGUACCCGGGCUACGCCGGCAAGCGCCCCAGGAUCCUCAUUCAUCACGGCUCCGCCGACACCACCCUCUACCCGCAGAACUUCAACGAGACGCUCAAGCAGUGGGCCGGCGUCUUCGGCUACACGUACGGCCAGCCCCGGCAGACUAUCUCCAACCAGCCUGCUUCGGGCUGGACCAAGUACGUCUACGGCCCUAACCUCGUUGGUGAUUACGGCGCCGGAAUCACACAUAACAUCCCCGUCUUUGCUCAAGAUGAUCUUGAGUGGUUUGGUAUUACUGGCAACAACGCCUCGCCUAGCACCGCUGCUCCUACCACUACUCUGGCUACCUCUACCAAGAAGACUUCGACUGCUCCGGCGACCACCAGCUCUGCUAGCAAUGGUGAAUGCACCAGCCAGCACUGGGGCCAGUGCGGAGGCAAUGGCUGGACUGGAUGCACUGUUUGCGCUAGCCCUUACACUUGCCAGAAGAGUAACGAUUGGUACUCUCAGUGCUUGUAA